GUCUCUACCCCCCCACCCUGUAACUCUCUCCCUCCCCCCUAAUCUACAUUGGUUCGACUUUCGAUCCGGAUUUCUAAUGCCAUGUGUAUCCUACUUAUUUUUUCAAUCUUCUUUCGAUAAAUCUUGAUUUGAUUAGCGUUUGCCUUCUCUCUCAGGGGCCAACUCCAUUUCCUCGUCAUCGCAAAAUUCGUCUCGUCUCUCUGCCUUUGAUCUGCAGAUUCCUGCUUGUUAAAAUGAAGAAGUUUGCUGUGGUCAAGUUAGAAUUGGAAGAUGACAGGGCCAAGCAGAAGGCUCUGAAAACGGUCUCAGCACUUGCAGGGAGCUGUAAUGAAACAUGCUAUUACAGAGUCAGAGGCUCACUCGCAUGGAAUGAAGUAAAUGGAUAGAUUCCAUCUCUAUGGACAUGAAGCAGAAGAAAUUAACUGUGAUAGGAACAGUUGAUCCGAUCUCUGUGGUGAGCAAACUUCGCAAAUACUGGCCAACAGAUCUAAUGUUGGUAGGAGCAGUUAAGGAGCCUGAGAAGAAAGAGGAGCCAAAGAAAGAAGAACCUAAGAAGGAGGGAGAAAAGAAAGAAGAGCCAAAGAAGGAGGAAGGAAAGAAAGAAGAGGAGAAGAAGGAAGGAAAGAAAGAAGAGGAGAAGAAGGAAGAAGCAAAGAAGGAAGGGGAGAAGAAGGAUGAAAAGAAGGAGGAGAAGAAAGAAGAGGAGAAAAAGCCAGCCGCCGUCCCAAGUCCGGUUCCACACCCAGACCCUGCAUUUUUAGAGAUGGGGAGGGGGGGUUAUAACAGGCCAUAUUACCCCUUCAUGGCGUACAAUCCCCAAAUGGCAUAUAAUACCCACAUGGCAAAUAAUCCCUACAUGGCAUAUUAUCCCCCCAUGGCCAGCUACUAUGCUCAAAGCAUGGAAGACAGUCCCAGCACUUGUGUUAUUUUGUGAUCAGCAUUCAGCAAGCUGUCCGGAGAUGAGGGAAAGACAAACUUUCUUAAUAUGAUGCAGGAUCUAAGCCUUUGAUGCCUAUAAUAGGCUACAGCCAGGGCGAUAGCAGCUCUUGUACAUAGUAAUAUGGGGGUCUCUUGUUGAGUUUAAAACUCUUGUCGUGUUUUGAGAGAAAGGAAUAAGUAUGGGACACACACAUGUAAUCCAUAGUCCCAUACCAAUUACCUGUAAUAGUGACUAGAUCGUACCAUUACUUACCGAGAUCAUCAGUUAAUUUUGUUUGUAGAUGGCCGUCGGGACAUACUGGAAAGAGCAGAGAAUGCUAAGCGCACAUAUAUACAUAUAUGACGAGCUUUUAUUGUAGUCAAAUUAGGGGAAGUCCCAAUCCCAGUGCAUCCGCCACUUCGGAUGAAAGAGGAACUGGCUUACUGUUAUUUUUUUAGUGCUGCUCGUGUCUCUGAUCUUGUGGGGCAUGCUGGCUGAAAAGCCUCACCACGCGAUCCUAGGGGUUGUGCUUACUGUGUGGUUCCCAUUGUAUUUUUCCUUUCAAGAGAUUUGAGUCUUUGCAUAGA